AUGGAUAUGAUGCCACCCUCUACUCCUAAAUCUCCUUAUCUUAGCUCUUCACUUGAAGAGGCUCAUGAAGAUCGAAGAUUUAAAUGUUAUAGAGGUGUCCGAAAGAGGGCAUGGGGCAAGUGGGUGUCUGAAAUCAGAGUUCCAAAGAGUGGAAGACGAAUAUGGCUAGGUUCAUAUGAUGCUCCAGAGAAGGCAGCUCGAGCCUAUGACGCUGCUUUGUUCUGCAUUAGGGGUGAGAGAGGAGUUUUCAAUUUUCCCACUGAUAAAAAGCCACAACUUCCGGAAGGUUCUGUCCGGCCGCUGUCCAAGCAUGACAUACAGACAAUAGCAACAAACUAUGCUUUAUCAGUUGUGUCUGUGCCUUCCGAUACCACCACAAUCCCGGUAACAGCUCAUGUUCCCUCUCAGGUUCCUGCUUUCCCUGAUGUAUCUCUUUCUACUGAGAUUAUAGAGAUGGCCAAUGAACAUUAUCUCCCAGUCAACGCAACUGCAGAAUCAACAUUCGCAAUAGAAGACCUACAACUGGACAAUUUCCUCAUGAUGGACAUUGACUGGAUAAACAAUCUAGUCUGA